UGGAGUCCGGCGGAUCAGAGAUCAGCAAACGUGGGCAUCUCGUCGGUGAUAUUACGUAGAAUCCGAACACCCACUAGAGAUAUUUGUUUUUUAGUAGCUGCCCCACAUCUUCCUCCCACCAUUUAUGGCGAUGUCAACUCAUUUAAGUAAAAUCAGCAAUAAUGCCGCGAUAAUCUUGUUUUUAACAUCUGGAUUAGUGGCCUACAUUUCCAUAGCCGAUGCAGAAAUAUCCGGCAAGCCAAAUAUCAUUAUAAUUAUGGCCGAUGAUCUGGGCUUCGACGAUGUGAGCUUUAGAGGUUCUAAUAACUUCCUAACUCCCAACAUCGAUGCUCUGGCUUAUAGUGGAGUGAUCCUAAACAAUCUCUACACCGCUCCGAUGUGUACUCCCAGUCGGGCAGCACUCUUGACUGGAAAAUACCCCAUUAAUACAGGCAUGCAGCAUUAUGUGAUUGUGAAUGAUCAGCCCUGGGGUCUUCCGCUGAAUGAGACAACAAUGGCGGAGAUUUUCCGGGGUAAUGGCUAUCGCACUAGUCUCAUUGGAAAAUGGCAUCUUGGGAUGGCGCAACGGAACUUUACGCCCACACUACGGGGCUUCGACUAUCACCUGGGCUACCUGGGCGCCUAUGUGGACUAUUACAAUCAGAGUUAUGAGCAAACGGGCAAAGGUUAUCGGGGCCAUGAUUUCCGCGAGAAUCUGAACCCCAAUCAUGAGCAUGUGGAUAAAUAUGUCACCGAUAUAUUCACCGACGCCGCUGUCCGGGAGAUCGAAGAUCAUGCAGCCAAGAACAAUAGUAAGCCACUCUUCCUGCUGCUGAAUCACCUGGCUCCUCAUGCCGCCAAUGCUGAGGAUCCCAUGCAGGCACCAGCCGACGAGUUGUCUGGAUUUGAAUAUAUUAGUAAUGAGACCCAUCGUUACUAUGCGGCCAUGGUAUCCAGACUGGACAAGAGUGUGGGACAAGUUGUGGAUGCUCUGGCCCGGCAGGACAUGCUCCAAAACAGCAUCUUGCUCUUUCUCUCCGACAAUGGGGGACCCACCUUGGGUGAGCAUUCAACCACCGCCUCCAACUAUCCUCUAAGGGGGCAAAAGAACUCCCCCUGGGAGGGCGGAAUACGUUCCUCGGCGGCUAUUUGGAGCACGGAGUUCGAGCGACUGGGCAGCGUGUGGAAGCAACAAAUCUACAUCGGGGACCUCCUGCCCACUUUGGCCGCUGCUGCGGGCAUCUCACCGGACCCAGACCUCAAGCUGGACGGACUGAACCUCUGGUCGGCCCUGAAGUAUGGCUACGAGUCGGUGGAGCGUGAGAUUGUGCAUGUGAUUGACGAGGAAGCUCCGGAACCGCAUCUAUCCUACACCCGCGGCAAAUGGAAGGUGGUUAGUGGCACCACCAACAGCGGGCUAUAUGACGGCUGGCUGGGAGAGAGGGUGACCACUGAGGUCGAUCCGCGAUCUCAGGAGUACGAGUCUCUGAUCCGGAACACCAGUGUGUGGUUGCAGUUGCAAAAAGUAAGCGGGGGGGAGCGCAACAUCAGCGCUCUAAGGCAGCAGGCCAGGAUCGAGUGUGCAGCUACUACGGAGGAUGAGCAAACUUCCUGCCUGCCCCUGGAGGCACCCUGCCUCUUCGACAUCGAGGCAGAUCCCUGCGAGCAGAACAACCUGUACGAGGAGUACAAGAACACCACCGUCUUUCAGGAUCUGUGGCAGCGUGUCCAGCAGUUCACCGCUCAGGCUCAUCCCCCCAAUAACAAACCGGGGGAUCCUGCAUGUAAUCCUAGUUUUUACCACAACGAGUGGACAUGGUGGCAGGAUGAGACACCCUCCAAUUCAGCUUUCUCUUUAAAAAGUAGUGUAUUACUGAUAUUUCUCCUAAACAGUUGGUGGAUUUUCUAAUUAGGUUUAGGAAACAGUAUCUUUUAAAAAGUGCUAUUAUACAUCUAGUAUUACCUUCAUAGGCAUUGUGAAGAACCCAAAAGUAUGCUCCAUCGAAAAAUAUAAACGAAAUUAAGAUAAGAAA